UAACAGCCCGAUCAUAUACUUCUUCAUUAUGCAUUCUGCUCGGAAAGUUUUUAAAUUACAUUAAUUUGGAAUUUAUCUUCAUUAUCUUCUGAAGAAGGAAAUCUGAAAAUGGAGAUUACCAUAUUGCCAGAUGAGUGCAUUUCCCUUAUAAUAUCCUUGACAUCUCCAAGAGAUGCUUCCAGGUUGUCUCUGGUUUGUUCUCUGUUUCCAUCAGCCGUCAAUUCCGAUGUGGUUUGGAGAAAGUUUCUUCCCCAUGACUAUCACCAAAUCCUUUCAAAUUCAGCUUUAGCAUCAUCCAUGGAUUCCCUUUCCAAGAAGCAACUCUAUUUCCAUAUUUCUCACCACCCCGUCCUUGUAGAUAAUGGUAAUAUGAGCUUUGCGACAGAUAAAGAAAAUGGGAAAAAAUGUUAUAUGAUAAGCUCAAGAAGGCUUUCGAUUGUUUGGGGAGGUACACCCACAUAUUGGCUAUGGAAAUCUUUAUCAGCAGAGUCUAGGCACUCGAGCUUAAAGGUGAUCCUGUAGGGGAGCAGGAGUGAGCAUCUGUACUAUUGUAAGUGGUUAUUACUUUUAAAAUAUUUUGGGUGUAUAGAAUAAUAUAUGUGUGUGGCUAGAUAUUUUACAUAUAUACAAAUUGAUUGAAAGGAUUUCAUUAUGCAUAUAUAAUAUCUACUUUCACUUAUACGAGUUAUCAUUUUAUGUGGAUUUUAAUAAGAUUUUUAUUGAUUUUUAAUUUUGAUGAGUUCAUAGUGAACUUGUGAACUAUGUUAAUUAAAUAUCCUGGUAUUUGAAUUGAGAUUUUAAAUUAUUUUGGAAAAUAAUUGAUUUGAGAAAUAGAUUAAAAAUUUAUAUGAUUUUAAGCAUGUUCAAAUAUUUUAUAAAUUUUUAGGUGCUCAAAAUUGGUUUAUGGUGAACAUAUUUCAUUGUGAUAUUGUUGGCUUAGGCAUAAAAUGAUGAUUUAAAAAUUUAAAAAUAAUUAAAUAAACGGUGGAAUUUGAAUAUUAAAGUAUUAUUAUGAUAUAAUGUUGUUGGAAAAGUAUUAUGAUUUUACAAGAUUGUUUUAAGGAUACUGUAUCAGUUAUUCUUAUUUGAUGUACCAUAUAGUACCAGAGUUUCGGUUCAGUAUUAUAUUACAAUGCGCUGGGUUGCUACGGUACCGUGAAGUUGGUUUCACCCAACAGUUUAUUAUUGCCACGGACAAGGUCGGGUUUAACUGACGGUUUAAUAUUGCCACACUGCCGUGAGGUUGGGUUCAUCCAACAGUUUAUUAUUGCCACGGACCGUGAGGUCGGGUUUAUCCGACGGUUUAUUAUUAUUACCAUGGUGCAGUGAGGUUGGUAUCGUCUAAUGGUUUAUUAUUGCCACGGACCGUGAGGUCAGGUUUAUUCGAUAAUUUUUUAUUAUUAUACCACGUUGUCGUGAUGUUGUUAUCAUCCAACGAUUUAUUAUUGCCACGGACCAUGAGGUUGGGUACGUCCCAACGGUUAAUUGUUAUUUCCACGAUACCUUUCGUAUA